CCAUUCCCAAACCGCAACAACCCACCCACCUUCUCAUCCUGUACUACACUCACACUACCCACCGAGCUGCCUGCUGAAUUUGAACGUGCCUGACCCGCCUCGAUCGCCCCAUGGACGCCAUGUCCUGCCUGGCGCAGCCACCGGCGUCCUUCCUCCCGACCGACUACUACACCGACGCCGCCAUGGCGCGCGCGCUGCACUACUCCAUGCCCGACCACUACUCCCCGGCCGCCGCCUCCACCUCCUCCCCGUCCUCCUCCUCCUCCCUCCUCACCGACUUCGCCGGCUCCAGCGGCGGCAACAACAACUGGUUCGCCUCCGCGCCGCCACCGACGGGGCUCACCUGCGACUCCGUGUUGGUCGCGUCGGACGCGGCGCCGCGCCCGCCGUCCACACCCAUCAACACCUCCGUCAACCCCGCCGCGACGUCGAACAAGAGGCGCCUGGGCCUGGGCGUCGCCGGGCGCGCCGGGAAGCGGCGGCCGCGGGCGUCCAAGCGCGCGCCAACCACCUACAUCAGCACCGACCCCGCCAACUUCCGCCUCAUGGUGCAGCACGUCACCGGCAUCCAGGCCGAGCCCGGGACCGGCGACGACGUCCUGAUGCCCGCAUCGUUCAACGCGUCCGCCGCCGCGAUGCUGAACUGCCCCACCUACACCGGCGCGUCGUUCGGGGACGCCCUCCACCUGCCGUCCGACGCCGACGCGGCCACGCUCCACCACCGUCUCCAACAACAACACCAGCACCACCAGCAGCAGCAGCAGCAGACGUGCUUCCCGACGCUCGACUCGUCGUGGAACGUCAUGUACGACAGCGCCGCCCACCUGCUCUAGGCCGGCGCGCGCCGACGAUCGAUCCACCUAGCUCCAUGUACUCCGCGCGCGCGCGCGCGCAUCAUUAACCACCAGGACCUUCCUAGACUAAUUUACCGUUUUCCCUUUUUGCCCGGCCGCUGUAUUUGUUCCAUGCUUGCCUGAUCGAUCGGGCCAGGAAGAUAAUCUCACAACAAAAAAUUGCUGGGUUCAUGUGCAUCA